AUGAUGGAUCCGGAGAUGAUGCGGCUGGCGCAGGAGCAGAUGCGACGCAUGUCCCCCGACGACCUCGCCAGGAUGCAACAGCAGCUCAUGUCCAAUCCUGACUUGAUAAAGCUAGCAUCCGAGAGUAUGAAAAAUAUGAGAACUGAGGACUUCAAAAGAGCUGCUCAACAGCUCAAUCAAACAAGGCCAGAGGAAAUGCUUGAUAUGACUGAAAAAAUUGCCAACGCUAAGCCUGAAGAAUUUGCUGCCAUGAAGGCCCAAGCUGAUGCUCAAAUAUCAUAUGCGCUAUCUGGUGCCAAGAUGUUGAAGCAGCAGGGAAAUGAACUUCAUAGCCAUGGGAAGUAUACUGAUGCUGCUGCCAAGUACAAGCUUGCCAAGGAAAACAUGAAGAGCGUACCAUCGGCAGCUGGGCGAACUCUGCAGUUGCAGUGCACCCUUAAUUUAAUGUCAUGUUACCUGAAAUCAGGGAUGCUUGAGGAAUGUGUAAAUGAAGGUUCAGAGGUUCUAACUUAUGAUUCGAGCAAUGUGAAAGCAUACUACCGAAGAGGUCAAGCUUACAAAGAACUAGGAAACCUUCAGGCUGCUGUUGCUGACUUACGUAAAGCCCAUGAAAUUUCUCCGGAGGAUGAAACUAUUGCUGAGGUUCUGAGUUUUCGCCGUGGUCCUACUGAUAGAUUACAUUCAUUAUGCAGGGACACAGAUGCAAAACUUGCAACUGAAGGAGGAGGAACAAACCUGCCAAAAGGAGUUGUUAUUGAAGAAAUUGUGGAAGAAGAUAGUUCAGAGCUGUUAAGUACUCAAAGGAGUUCUUCUACUGAGUAUACUGUUUCACAACCACAUGAAGGAGCAGGAAACUCAAGACAAUCUGACUCUUCAGAAAGCCUAAUGAAUGAUCCUGCUACUAUCAGGUCAUUUCAAAAUUAUGUCUCUAAUAGUGAUGCUGAUGGGUUAUCAAAGUUGGGAAUGCAAGGAAUGUCACCGGAGCUAGUUAAAACUGCCAGCGAAAUGAUUGGCACCAUGAAACCAGAAGAACUACAAAAGAUGUUUCAGGCUGCUUCUUCAUUAACCGGCACAAACCCUGUUGGUUCAAAUCUUGGACCCAAUAUGCCCGAAAUGUCACCUGACAUGGUUAAUAUGGCAUCUGAAAUGAUUGGGAAGAUGUCCCCUGCUGAACUGCAAAAUAUGAUGGAUUUUGCUUCUAAAAUGGGUGGACCUGGUAGUGCGCCUGUGAGACCAGGGACUGGGAGUAAUAUCCGACCUUCAUCAAGAGCAGAAACGAGUAGCAAUAACUUCCAACCUUCAUCUUCACAAACUGUUGUGGAGAACCCUGAUGAAAUAGUAAACAACCAAAGUAUGGACCAUUCAUCAUCCAGUUCCCCAGUUUCUACAGCUGAUAUGCAAGAAACCAUGAGAAAUUCUAUGAAAGACCCUGCUAUGCGGCAGAUGUUUGCAUCCCUGAUGAAGAACAUGAGUCCUGAUGUGAUGGCAAACAUGAGUGAGCAGUUUGGCAUGAAGCUGUCGAAGGAGGAUGCCGCCAAAGCUCAACAAACUAUGUCUUCAUUAUCUCCAGAAGAUUUAGACAGAAUAAUGAAAUGGAUGGACAGAGCACAGCAGGGAGUAGAAGUAGCAAAGAAGACGAAGAACUGGCUCCUAGGCAGGAAAGGCCUGGUCCUUGCUAUUGUCAUGCUGAUCUUGGCCUUCAUCCUACAGCGGCUUGGAUUCAUCGGUAGGUAG